CGAUGGGUUUGCCGACGCGCGCAAUAAAGCCCAAAGUCUACUCUAGUGGGUUUGUACCUCCAGAGAAGAAUCGACAAACUUCAACUGAAAACGUCUCGCCAUGGAUUUGUAUUUAGCAGUUGCGCUAAUUUAAGGAUUAUACGUUUUCCCCUCUAUAGCGAUGCUUUUUUUUUUUUUUUUUUUAAACACAUUUAGAAUCUUGAAGCGGAGCUGAGUAUGCCAGGCGAAUGAGGAGUUACUAUUUUUUGGACUUUAAAAAAAAUAGUGGCUUGUUGGUGCUCGGUUGACGACAGCCGUUGUCUCGAGAUCAAGAUCGCGGGGUUACCCACAAGUUCAGCUCCGCUGUGGACCAACUUCAGAAAUACUUUUUUUUUUUUUUAGUCCUUAGCGCUGUUGGCUGAUUUUUCUUUUUAGUGGCAAGUUACCCGGUGAUUAAGUUCAACCACGCCGGGGAAGGCUGCUGUUCUCCGGCUAGCUGAGAAGCAGCUUCUCCUUGGAUCAGGGCCUCGUCGGCUAGGCGACAAUGCUCGACAUAAUGUCUGACCACCAAGAUUCGCUUCUGACGUGUAAAACGGAACCCCUGCCCCCAGAAAGAAAAAAGAGGACCGUGGAGGACUUCAACAAGUUCUGCAGCUUUGUUCUGGCUUAUGCUGGUUAUAUCCCCAGUCCAAAGGAGGAAAGUUCCUGGUCUCCAACAUCCUCCAGCUCUGCCCAUAGUUCAGGACUAUCAGCAGAUGCAGGCGUCGGGGGCAGCAGCUCCAUAAGCAACACUUGGACGGAUGGGAGCUCUGACAUUCACACCAUCCACACAUUUGUGCGCAAAGCUCGGGCAAAUAAGGGCAAAAACAUUCGACGCAUGCACUCUGACAGCACCCUGCUGGACAAGAUGCGCCUGAAAGACUCUCUGUACGACAGCCAGGCAAGCACAAAAGCUGAGCGCAAAAAAGACAAAAAACUGAAAAAGCUCUCUCUGGGCUCGACCACGGCGCCGGACAGCGGGAGCAGCGAGGGCGAGAAAAGGGCUCGCAUCAAGCGAAGCAAGAACUCCUCCAAACAGCCCAAAGCCAAGAAGUUGAAGAGCUCAGCUGCUCAGAGCGAGACAGACUCCGAGACGCGGAACUCACACGCCGAGGCGCGGCCCAUGAGGGAGGAGCUGGCGUCGCACGGGGGCUCCACCUCCAGCAGCCACGGCUUGGGGAAGGCAGAUGAAUCCAUCAGGGAAGCGGAAAUGAGCUCCAGCGAGGGCGAAACCUGGAUCGCAGAUGAAGAUAUCAUGGUGGAGUCAGGGGACGACUCAUGGGACCUGAUCACCUGUUACUGUGGGAAGCCGUUCGCCGGACGUCCCAUGAUCGAGUGCAACCAGUGCGGAAUAUGGGUGCACCUGUCGUGCGCAAAGAUCAAAAAGUCCAAUGUUCCCGACAUCUUUUACUGUCAGAAAUGCAGAGACUUGAGGCGGUCGGGAAGCAAAAAGGACACUUAAACUGUUGGAGGACUGUUUCUGCCGCCCUCUGACCAGCUCCCUUACUCUGAUGCCUACAGCCAAAACAGCCUAAAUUCUCACCGGGACGGCAACUAACUCAGCAGUUGCACAAAUUAUUUUGACAAUCAAAAACCAUAUUUAUCCCUUGCAUUCUUUUUUAUUUCUUUAUGGAUUCUGAAGAAGGGGAAGACUGUGACAGAAUCCCUCAUUGGUUGCUUAUAAAUUCCCCUAAUUGGCUUUUUACGUUUUCCUUUUUUUUUUUUUUUUUUUUUUACCGGGUUUCUUAUUGAUUCAUACAUUUCUACCUAAAAACCAUAGCCAGUCAAAGAUAGACGGAUAAUCAAUCACCUUAAAAAAUAGAAGUAUAACUUGUAUAGCUAAAAAAGAAAAUCGUCACUCCGAUUAUUUGCUUAAAUGUUAUGAUGCUUGACGGGCAGCUCUUUUUAUUUCAAUGUAUACUUACUUUAGGAGGGUUUUAUUUCUAUCAGCGAUGGUCAGAGUUAAAGGAAAAAAAGAUAAAGUUCUCGCUCCUCUCAAGCAAGAGUUGAUUAAUUUAUUGAAAUUAGCGAACUCAUCUCAGAUGUGUUGCACAUAUGUAUAUUUUUUAAGUGUUUUUCUUCCCAGAAGUUGAAUUAAGAAAAAAAUGUAAACCUAAAUACAUUUCCACUGUACACAUGAGAUAAUCGAAUGUCUUUGGUUGGCCUGUUAAUCAAACAUUACUAGCAGAGUUGCUAUGAAUGGCGUCUACAGAGGAAAGCUGUUGAAUUUGGAUGUUUUGCUUGGUUUGAUUCUUUUUUUUUUUUAUACAUUUUCAUUUUCUUGUUACUUCCUCUGUAUAAGUUUGGGUUUGUUAUUGCUGUAAGGUGACUGGUUACGGCUCCUUGCGUUGUCAAGGUGACCCAAGGCUUCUCUAUGAAUGGCUGUAAAAAAAAAAAAGAUUUUUUUUUCACAUAACAGUUUAUUCCUCGCCUUUUUAUUUUCUUCCUAGCUAGUGGGGUUAGAAUCGUGCCCACUUCAGGAGAAGAGCGUCUCGCCUUGAGAACAAAGUUGUGUACAAAAGUAUACCUUGAGGCUGCGUAGGUUGUGGCAUAUAUAUAUAUUUUUUUUACCGUGUUAAGUUGUUGGGAGAGUCUUAACAAGUCUCCACGAGUAGUUGCACUCUGUACAACUUCCGUUCUGUGUACAUAUCCAGUUCUUUGACUUGUAAAUAUGUGAAAGUGAAAAGAGAGAAUACCCAAGCAAAGUCUAUAUUUUCUGCAGUCUGAUAUUGUUUCUUUAACUGUAGCUCGAGUAAUAAAACAAACCAAAAAAAAAAAA